CAGUGUGAGCACUGCUGGUCUCCAGCCGCCUUCCCAGCCCUGCGAGUGGAGGACGAGUGGAGAAGCAGGGGGGGGAGUUUCCCUAGGCGGGAGAAAGCAAAACGGGAGAGGAGGAAAGGAAGAGAAAGGGAGUAGGAGCAUGUCAGAGAUGCAGGGAGUAUGAUAAAAAAAAGGGCAAAUGAGAGAGAGAGAGAGAAGAUAAGAUGAGGGCAGGAGAGAAAAAUAUAAAAAAAGCUUAGAGUAGAAAAAGAGAAGGAGUGCAGGGUGGCACAGCGAGAAGAGCAAAUGAGUGAGCGAAUAAGAGACGAAGAGAGAGAGUGAGCGGGAGCAAGCGAGAGGGAGGGAGGCGAACAACACUGCAGACACUCGCCCACUGUCACUGCUCCACAGCCAGAGGACAGAGGCAGCAACGGCAACAGUGUGAGCGGAUACGAUGGAGGAGGGAGACCGAGGCAUCCAUCUGCAGCUCAGUCACUGACAGCCUCCUCUGGGACCUUCCUGCCAAGUUAGGAGCAAAAAAAAAGGAGAAAACUACUCUCUCUGUCCUUCACAAGACCAAGUAUCGGACCUCAACUCGUGCAGGACUGAAUACACACACCCCACACACACACACUCCUCUCUCUAACACUCAGACUCUCACUCACACCUUCACUCUCUCAAACAAGCAUUCUUCACUUCUUGUUGCCUUUUGGACUAGUGUGUUUUUAUUUUUUAUUUUUUUCUACACUGCCUUCGCUGACCUUCUGAGCUGAGUGGAUUUACUUUUAUCCUGUGGCGGACCAUGGGGCUAGGGUGGAGGGGUGCAGCAGGGACCCUCAGAAUAAGGACAGAGGGGAGCUGGUACCUUUUGGUGACAUUGCUACUGCUCUGUGGUUUCUGGGAGGCUCGCGCACAGACAGACGAUGAGACGUCUGUCUACUUCUGGGAAACAGGUCCAUGGGGUCGAUGCAUGGGCAGCGACUGUGGCCCCGGUGGAAGCCAAAGCCGGGCAGUGUGGUGCGCCCAUGUGGACGGCUGGACGACCCUUCACACCAACUGUGACCAGGGCCAGCGCCCUUCCAACCAGAGAAACUGUUUCCGUGUGUGUGACUGGCACAAGGACCUUUAUGACUGGCAACUGGGUGCCUGGAAUGUGUGUGUGCCAGUUUCAGCAAGGACCUUAUGGGCCUCACGGCCGUUCACAUGUAGUGGGGCUGAAGAGGGCAUUCAGACCCGGGAGGUGGGCUGCAUUCUCAAAUCAGAUGAGUCUCCAGCAGAGGAUUCCAUCUGUGAAUACUUUGAGCCCAAACCGCGCCUGGAGCAGGCCUGUUUAAUCCCUUGCCCUCAGGAUUGUGUGGUUUCUGAGUAUUCGCCAUGGACACCCUGCUCCAAAACAUGUGGAACAGGCCUCAAAACCAGGGUCCGCAGUGUCCUGGUCCCUCCACUUUUUGGAGGUUCAGUUUGUCCCAACCUUACUGAGUUUAAGUCUUGUAAACCAGGGCCUUGCACAGGUCCAGAGGGCAUGUACAGUCUCAGGAUUGGACCCUGGAACCCUUGUGUCCUCCCUGUAACUCGGACAGAACGCCAGGUUAAGCGCAGAAAAGGUAAAGACCAGGGGGUCAGGGAGAGAGCUGGAGUCAAAGAUCCAGAGACCAGAGAGCUUAUCCAGAAGAAACGAACCAGGAACCGCCUUAACCGGCAAGAGAGUCCGUUCUGGGACAUCCAGGUGGGCUACCAGACUCGGGACGUGACCUGCAUUCAUAGGAAUGGGAGCAUUGGCGCACGCAACCAGUGCACAAUGAGAGACCUGCCGCUGACUGUCCAGUCCUGCGUCCUUCCCAAGGACUGCCAGCUGACCGACUGGAUCGAGUGGGGCCCCUGCUCUAAAACCUGCCUGGACCCUGAGUCUCCCAUUGGCAAUCGCACUCGGCUCAGACAGGUGGUCCAGUUCCCUGUUGGCGAGGGGGCGGAGUGCACACCGCUGGAGGAGUCGGAGUCAUGUGAACCUCAGGGUGAAGGCGUGCGGCCCUGUGCAACCUACACCUGGAGGAGCACAGAGUGGAGCGACUGCCGGGUUGACCAGUUGCUAAGCCAACAGGACCGUAGACGUGGCAACCUGACAGGACUCUGUGGGGGAGGCUUACAAACCAGAGAAGUUUACUGCGUCCAGGCCAACGCUGAGCUUCUCAAAUACGUCAAUGACCUCAGAGAAAUGGACAAAGCGGGUCAGACCCAAAGACAGCAGAAGCCUAGUGUCCCCCCUCUCCUCUCCAUCACCUUCCAGAUCACAGCCUCCCGCCCAGUGGAAAACAAGCUGUGCGAGGGUCCGAUUCCCAACAGGUCCCAGCUUUGCCAAAUCCCCUGUCCCAUCGACUGUGAAGUGUCACCCUGGGGUGCCUGGGGGCCGUGUACCUUCGAAAACUGUGGUGAUUCAGCUGGAAAGAAAGGUUUCAAACUGAGGAAGCGACAGAUCACCAACGAGCCAACAGGAGGGCUGGGAAACUGCCCGCACCUGGUGGAGGCGGUGCCGUGUGACGAGCCCAGUUGUUACGACUGGAAACUAAUCGGCCUGGAUACAUGUGUUCCUGAUGAGGAGAACCAGUGUGGAUCCGGCACUCAGCUCGUACAGGUCCAGUGUGUCAACGGCAGCGGAGAACAAGUGGACCGGAAGCUCUGUACGUCUUCCCCGGCUCCAGAGCCCGUCGCCUGUGAGGUGCCUUGCCCGAGAGACUGCGUGCUCAGUGAUUGGACACCCUGGUCCUCUUGCUCUCAAACCUGCUCCAGUAAGACCAUUGAGGGGAAGCAGAUGAGGACACGCUCCAUCCUGGCCUACAAUGCCGGGGAAGGUGGAGGCGCAUGCCCAAACAGCAGUUCCCUUCAGGAGGUUCGGAACUGUAAUGAACACGCCUGUACAGUCUAUCAUUGGCAGACCGGGCCUUGGGGCCCUUGUACCGAAGACCCCUCCGCCUCAACCCUGAACACAUCCACGGUAGUCCGAGCCAGCGGUGGUGGUCAGGGUCCCUGCUCCACGGGAAUGCAGACUCGUAAGGUCAUCUGCGUCCGGGUCAAUGUUGGACAGGUGCCCCCCAAGAAGUGUCCAGACAGCCCCCGCCCCAGCACGGUGCGACCAUGUCAGCUGCCCUGCAAGAAAGACUGCAUCAUGACCCCUUUCAGCGACUGGACACUGUGUCCUUUUACAUGUGACGCAGAUGGUAACGCGGUGAAGACACAGCAAACAAGGAAACGUCUUAUCAUCCAGCAGCCAUCCAACGGAGGACAGGACUGUCCAGAGGUGCUGGAGGAGGAGAAGGACUGUGAGGUCCCCAAAAUCUGUCCAGGAUUCAGGUGGAAGACCCAUAAAUGGAGAAAGUGCCAGCUGGUCCCAUGGUUUGUCAGACAGGAACGUCCCGGUGCGCAGGAGACCUGUGGACCUGGGCUCCAAACAAGAGCUGUGUCCUGUCGCCAGCUGGACGGGACGCAGGCCGACAUCAACGAGUGUCUGAAAUUUUCCAAGACCAUGCCCGCCAUCACUCAGCACUGUCAGCUCCCCUGCCAGGAUGACUGCCAGCUGACCAACUGGUCCAAGUUCUCGUCCUGCACAGCUGACUGCGUGGGGGUCCGCACCAGAAAGAGGGCAUUGAUAGGGAGGAGCAAGAAGAAGGACAAGUGCAAAAACACGCAAAUGUACCCUUUGAGUGAGACCCAGUACUGUCCAUGUGACAAGUACAAUGCCCAGCCGGUGGGGAACUGGUCAGACUGCAUCCUGCCCGAGGGAGGCAGAGUGGAGAGCAUCCUGGGGAUGAAGGUGCAGGGAGACAUCAAGGAGUGUGGACAGGGAUACCGCUACCAGGCCAUGGUGUGCUACGACCAGGACAACAGGCUGGUGGAGACGUCUCGCUGCAACAGUCACGGUUAUAUUGAGGAAGCGUGCAUCAUUCCCUGUCCCUCGGACUGUAAACUCAGCGAAUGGUCCAACUGGUCCAGAUGCAGCAAGUCCUGCGGCAGUGGAGUCAAAGUUCGCUCCAAAUGGCUUCGAGAGAAACCUUACAAUGGUGGCCGGCCGUGUCCCAAACUGGACCACAUCAACCAGGCCCAGGUGUAUGAGGUGGUGCCGUGUCAGAGCGACUGUAAUCAGUAUGUAUGGGUGGCCGAGCCGUGGAGCGUGUGGAAAGUCAGCAACGUGGAUUUAAAAGAGAACUGCGGCGAGGGCGUCCAGACCCGCAAAGUCAGGUGCAUGCUCAACACUAUAGACGGGCCAUCGGAGUCUGUAGAGGACUACCUGUGUGACCCUGAAGAGAUGCCCCUGGGGGCCAGGGAGAGCCGGCUUCCCUGCCCUGAGGACUGCGUGCUGAAUGACUGGGGCAGCUGGAGCCGCUGCAGCCUGCCAUGCACCAGAACCAACAGUCGAGUGCGGAUUGCGUACACCCUCCGUUCUCCCAGUGCGGGGAGGGAUUGUCCAGACACCAGUGACAAGGAGCCCUGCAGCCUGAACCUCAACUGUUUCAACUACUUCUACAACAUCACAGACUGGAGUACAUGUCAGCUGAGUCCUAACGCUGUGUGUGGGAGCGGCAUCAAGACCCGGAUGCUCGACUGUGUUCGCAGCGACGGAAAAUCAGUCAAUAUGAAAUUCUGUGAGGAGUUGAAUUUGGAGAAGAAGUGGCAGAUGAACAUCUCCUGUGUGGUCGAGUGUCCCGUCAACUGUCAGCUGUCGGAGUGGUCAGCAUGGUCAGACUGUUCACAGACAUGCGGACUAGAUGGUAAGAUGUGGCGGCAGCGGUCAGUGGUCCAGGCCUCGCAGGGCGACGGCCGGCCCUGCCCCGCUCAGAUGGAGCAGUGGAAGCCCUGCCCCGUCCGGCCCUGCUACCGCUGGCAGUACAGCCCCUGGUCCGAGUGUCGGGUGGAGAGUGUGGUGUGUGGACACGGUACACGCUACAGAAACUUGACCUGCUACGUGUCGGACGGCUCCAACGAAGGAGAAGGCAGUUUGGUGGACGAGGAGCUGUGCAACAGCCUGAAACUGGCCGUGGACGGAGACAAGGAGAUCAUCCUGAAAGAGGCCUGUAUCCUGCCCUGCCCAGGUGAAUGCUACCUGAUGGAGUGGUCAGACUGGAGCUCGUGUGUAAGCAUCUGCGCCAAAGGGGCCGACGUGGACUUUGGUUCUGUUCAGGUUCGCUCUCGGGCCGUGUUGGCCCAGGAGCCUGAAAACCUGCAGCUCUGCCCCGACCAGGCCUGGGAGUCCCAGCCCUGCACAGGGGGCGAAUGUUACGAGUACAAAUGGCUCAGCAGCGGCCGUCAAAACUCCACCCGCCCCUCUAUCUGGUGCCAGCGCUCCGACGGACUCAAUGUCACCGGAGGUUGCCCUCCUAUGAACCCUCCAGUGGAUAACAGCUCCUGUGACCCUCCCUGCCUCAUGCCGAAGUCUUUCUGCAGUGAGGCUGCUGUGUGCGUGUGCGAGGAGGGAUUCACAGAGGUGCUGUCGCCCGUUGGGCAGCUGGAUCAGUGCGCCCCCAUCCCGAUCCUGGAGAUCCCCACAGCAGGGGACAAGAAAGGGGAUGUGAAGACCAGUCGUGCCAUUAACCCCACCCUGCCCAGCACCAUCCAGCCAGGACGCAAUGGGCGGACCUGGUACCUGCAGCCCUACGGACCAGAUGGGAAGCUGAAGAUGUGGGUGUAUGGUGUAGCAGCCGGAGCCUUUGUGCUCCUCAUAUUCAUAGUGUCUAUGAUAUACCUAGCUUGCAAAAAGCCAAAGAGACCUCAGAGACAGAGGCAACAAAACAACCGACUAAAACCUCUGACUCUCGCCUACGACGGGGACACGGACAUGUAGUCCUCUGGACACGCUUCACCAAGCACCUGUCAUAAAGACACCACUUCAUCACGCCAUUACAGUGAGGGACACGGAUGUUUGCAGCGUGAAUGGACACGUCACACAGCGGAGAAAUUACAGAAAAUCCUCUUAGCAGAGACACUGGUUGGGUUUAACCGUUUCAAGUACAGCUCCAUUCACUCUCCCUUUUUGUUUUUUACUGUGGUUUUUUUUUUGCAAGAGCCUUCAUGACCUCCACCCUGUUCAAUGAGAUGCCUUUUUUUGCCCCCCCCUCUACGUGUCCAUAUGUCUCUAGAGAUUGAGAGUCUGGGUGCAGAAGACAGAGCUAGCUCUCAGUCUGUCUCUGAACAUGGCAGCACAAGCUCAAACUCUUCCCCCGCGCUUUUCCGCUUGUCCCUAAAAAUGCUGAGUAGCUGGAGGCUUAGGAUGCUCUGACGGUUCAUACGUUGCCAAAAGUCACCGCAGGGAAGAGGAGGAGGGAGAGGAAAAUCUCCAUAAAAAGGUUUGGAUUCCUUUUUCCUCAAUCCUCAACUGGGUUUUGACUCAAAUCUCUUUUACAGUCUUGAACAAAAGGGAGGCAUUUCUUCUCUUCUUCAUUUGGAUGCACCCAGGCCUGUGUAUGUGGGAUAAACAGAUCUGUAUGAUGCUGAUGUUCAUGAAGACUACAGCCUGCCUGCCUCCGCCCUUCCUUUGUUUCAGGCUCUACAUUGCACUAUAUUAGUGCAGCAUGAUAUGCACAUGUGACUUCUACCUUCGAUUGCCAUAAAACACUGCCUCUUUCACAGCUCAACCCAUAAAGCAGAGGAACAGCAACAUGAAAACAUACGGCAGCAGGAAAACUUGUUAAGAUGUGUCACAAUCUGCCAAACAGAUGUGAAUCUCCAGUAAAUAUAUGUAUAAAUUUUAUUUCUCACAGCUGAUUUUUUUGGUUGAAGUAAAGUACCUUUUGUGGUGUGUAGAUUUCGUCCGGUGUUAUCACUUUUAUUUCUGCCCAGAUGUAAUUAAAGAUUUGAAGAUGACAUAAGAAGGUGACUUUUGUAAUGAAUAACCUGCUUUAAAGUUAAUCUGAUUGGAUUCAAUAUUUUUACAAUUAUUUACCUAAAGUGGUACAUUGUGAAAAAAAUAAAACCUUUGCAGUGAAUAAAAGAAAAAGAAGGAACAAUAUAUUAAACCAUGUCAUGCAAAUGUCAUUUCUGCCUUACUGACGAUAACUAAAUACUAACAGUCCUGUAAAACAGUUUUUAAUACUUGAAUAGGGCAAGUUAUACAAUACAUUACAUAGAAGACUACAUUUUUUUUUACAUAGCAAAGCCUACUUUGCCUACGAGUUUUAAACUUGUUCAUGUAGCUAUCCGUCUCAUAGGUGCUCUAUUGUUUUCACUAUUCAUUAGGGGAGUUUAAAAACAAUCUGUACAAAGAAAUAACAUGUUAAUAAUAAUAUAAUACUAAUAAUAGGAGGAAAAGCUUCUGCUGAAUUCAACAUAAAAGCAAACUGGUGUGGAGAAUGUUUAUUCUUUGUUUUGGGAUUUGUAAAUAACAGCAAUUUUUUAUUUUUUGGAGAAAAAAUAUCAAAUUAUGUGGACAUUUAUUUUGUAUUGCACAGAAAUGUUUAGUUUGAAUAUUGCAAAGUGGGUGUGUGAUAUGUUGCUGAUUGUUGUAAUCAUGAUGCAAGUUGUAUGUUGUGAGAAAAAAAAAUGAGAAAGAAAAACAGAAGCAGAAAAAAAAAGAGGAAAAGGCUCAGCCGUUUUGUACAGGAUGUUUAUAUGUAUGGAAAGAAUUACCGAAAAAAUAAAUAAGGGCACGGUUGUUAACACAAGAAAAAAGUUAUCGAGACUUUUUUGUAAUUUUCUUUAUAUGUUCACAAGGAAGCAGAACCCCUUAAUAAAAUGUUAAAAUGGCA